AUGACCAUUGACUAUUUCGCAUGUCUCAGCCUGCUUGUCAUAGCCGUUGCCAGAACUGAUGCUGCCUUGACCAACUGCAAAUGUACCCCAUACGAUACCUGCUGGCCAUUGGCUGCCACAUGGAAUGCAUUGAACACUUCAGUAUCUGGACAGUUGAUCCUAAAUAUUCCUCCUGCCGCUGUAUGCUAUCCUGGGCCACAACAGGAUUCCCAAGCAUGUGCCUAUGUCAAUGCACAGUGGAGCAAUGCCACGUUUCAAUCCAACAAUCCUGUUGGUCUCAGCUAUCCGAUCACCGUGUCAUGUCCGCCAGUCAAUGCUUCUGCCGGCGAAUUACCAGGCACAUGUUCGAUAGGUGACUUGCCAAGGUAUGCCGUCAACGCAACACGACCGGAACACAUUUCGGCAGGCAUCAUUUUUGCCCAGGAGCAUAAUAUUAGACUCGUCAUCAAGGAUACUGGUCACGAUAUCUUGGGCAGGUCGAAUGGCUUUGGCAGUUUAGAACUUUGGAUACGUCAUUUGAGGACAGGUAUCGUACACCAAAAGAAGUACAAGCCUUCAUACGGCUGCUCCAAAUCAUCCUGGAAAGGAAGUGCGUUUACCAUUGGUGGGGGUUAUACUUGGAAGGAUGUGUAUGCUGAAGCCGAGAGCAGAAAUCUCGUCGUCGUUGGUGGCGGAACUCCAGUAUGUCCCACUCAACAGGUUGCUAAGGCAUUCAGUGCUCACUACCCCCAGACCGUAGGUUGCCUUGGUGGUUGGAUGCAGGGUGGAGGCCAUGGGCCUGCAAGUCGUGAUUUUGGUUUGGGAGCAGACCAAGUUCUCGAGGCUACAAUUGUGCUCGCGGACGGCUCCAUUGUCACUGCAGAUCCUUGCCAGAAUCAAGAUCUCUUCUGGGCGAUUCGUGGUGGAGGUGGAGGCACCUAUGGCGUGGUUGUGUCGACUACCGUCAAAGCAUGGCCCACAACCAGCGUCGUCACUCAGCACCUCGCGAUCGCCCCUUUGGCUGACGAUACAUCGGCGCUUCUCGAUGUGAUUGCGUUGGUAUGGUCUAAUUAUCCCGAUCUGAACGACGCUGGCUACAGUGGCUACGGAACCUGGACCAUUGCAAGCCCAACGCCGCUUUUUGGCAAUUUCACUUCAGGCUUCGUCCACGGCAUUUCCGUGUUUGGUAAAAGUAUUGAAGGGGCGCAGAAAGUGUUUGCGCCGGUUGCGGAAAAGCUGCAGACGUACAAUGGGACUAGCCUCUUCGUGUCCCUUACUUAUGCAGAAUAUCCCACGUAUGCUACUUUUUACGAGGCAGAGUCCGGAGUUGAACCACCUGUUGGAGCCGCCGGAGCCCUCGGAUCGCGACUUUUUGACCGUGCUGCCCUCACGAAGAAUCAUGCUGGCUUGAGAAGGAUGUUAAACACAGUUGCAGGGGCGCCAGAAGAGUAUACGACAAAUGCCGUCGAGCUUGUAAGUGGAGGGCAAGUCUUCAACGACGCUAGCGAUCCAUACUCUAGCCUACAUCCCGCAUGGCGCACUUCCUAUAUGUCCAACAUUGUUGCUCGGGGUUGGCCGCCGGGUACAGACGCUGCGACGAGAGAUGCUGUGCAUAAGGACAUAACGUACAACAAGGUCGCCGCCAUGAAGAAGCAAGCUCCAAAUACUGGGUGCUACAUGAACGAGGUACACAAGUUGCUGGGAAUGCCUACGCUUACACAAGCUAAGAGGACAUUGCAGAUCGCUUCAGAGGCAUCCAUCUACCUCUCUGCAAAACUUUCUUUCACUCCUGUGUCUCCACGCUCCGUGUGCAAUGUUUACGCUUACCUGCUUUCUACGUCCUCGUCAUUACCAUUCAUCGACUCUCCUCCGCCAUCUGCAGCUACCCCGCCAGAUCCGCAAUCAUACUACGUAUCCGAGGGCUCCUACGAGCGCGAGCGCGAAAAGAUCCUCCUAUGCGAAUCACUUAUUCUGAGCAGCAUUGGCUUCGAUGUACAUGUUGCACUUCCCCACACUCUAGCAUUGACCUACGUACAGGCCCUAGGGGUAUCGUCCAGGAAGCUCGUAAGGCGCGUCCUCGAACACCUUAAUGGUGGCCUGCUGUCUCCACAGUUGCUCUCCCUGACCCAUCAGCCUAAUGCUUUAGCAGUCGCGGCAAUCUACCUUGCGGCAAAGGAGGUUGGUGUUAAGCUUGUGGAUGGAAAUUGGUGGGAGGUGUUCGACGUCGAAAGAGAGGACUUGGGAUUCUUAGUUUUGGCUUUUGGUAGUUUUGUGGGCUUCGCGGCUGCGGAGAAGGAAAGAUGGGAAAACGAAAGAGAAAAGUUGCGGGAAUUGUUGAGCGGAGGAGGUUGA